AUGGACAUAUGCCGCCUUCUCAACGCACUAAGUCCCUCGCCAGGCCGGACCACUACGGCCACCGCUGCUGCUGACGCCAAUGACCCAACAGACGAUGACUACACUGGGGCUACGAUCCCACCACUACCACCAUCGCCACUCUUUGACACGUACGAUGACCUGUUUGCCUUCCUCCGCAACUUCCAUCUUUCUAAUGGCUCCGCAAUAGUGAAAGCCUCCAGCUCCUCAAGGCGAGAUAUCGGGGGCAUCAUCCAGCCAAGCUACAUCGUCUUUAAGUGCGACCGCGGCCCACGACGGAUGUCACAAAGCUCGGGACUCAGGAAGCCGUCAUCACAGAAGCUUGAUUGUCCCGUCAAAAUCACGGCCAAGGCCACCAAAUCGUCUACCAAGAAGUGGACGUAUACGGUAGUUCAUGGCCAGCAUAACCACGGGCAGUCCCUUGAUCCAUCGGCGCACAUUGUCUAUCGCCGCCGCACGGUUGCUCAGCAACAAAAGGAGCGAGAGCUAGCCAACGAGAAUGGCAUUAGGGCCCGCGAGAUGGUUAGCAUUGUUAGAAAAGCCGACAGCCCAGGCUAUCACUAUUUUCGCACACGAGAUAUCUACAAUGAUCGUCAAGCCAUCAAACGCGAGCGACUUAACGGCCUUACAGCUACCCAAGCCUUCGUCAAGGAGCUUGAGAGCGGGGGUAUUAGAGUCAGAACCUUGCGCGACGAAGAUGACCGCGUCUGUGCCGUCUUUUGGACUUACGACUGGUGCCGCACAAUGUGGAAGAAGUUUCCGGAGGUGCUCGGUUUAGACAACACGUACAAGACCAACCGCUUUAGGUUACAUCUAUUUCAAGCCACCGGUGUAACGGAUCAGAAGUCCCUGGCUAACUUCGCAUUCGGCCUUAUAAACGGCGAAAAGGAGCACCACUUCCAGUGGCUAUGUGACCGGCUUGACGAGCUUCGCAUCGACAUUGGGGCAGACACGCCAGAGGUUAUAAUCACCGACAAGGAACAGGCUCUCCGCACAGCCCUCAUGAGCACCUUUCCAGGUGCCCAACAGCAGCUAUGCGUAUAUCACAUCUUGGCGAACGUCCGAGCUAAAAUUAACGCUCGCUGGAAGGGCACCGAGGGCGACGAUGAUGACGAUAUUAGUGUUAAGUCUGAUAAUAACGUAAACGCCCUUUCCGUUGACCUAAACGACAAGAAUACCGACCAGCUCCAGCCAGAGCUAGAUCUUGAUGUCACCGCUAGGGGCAGUGUGCAAGACGAGGCAGAGGAGGGGCUUGCGAACCCCUCUGAUGACUACAGCCGUGAGGGGAUGUUCAAAGCCUUCCGAGCUGUGGUCUAUGCCGUUGAUCACGAUACGUUUAAAGACUCGUGGAAGUCCUUUGUCGAAACCUUCGGCAGGCAGCAACGACAUAUCCUGCGAUAUAUCCAACAGGAAUAUAUGCCGUGGCGCAAGCAGUGGGUGAAAUCCUACAUUGACCACUAUCGGAACUUUGGUCAAAGGGUCAAUAGCCCUACGGAGACCGCACAUGCAGACGUCAAGUCUCACCUUGUGACUGGCACGGGAGACCUCCUUUACCUCCACCAGGCUCUUGUCACGAUGAUUGAUAACAAGUCCCGGUCCUAUCAUCAAGAGGCUGCGAGACAGAUUCAGCGUCAGCGUGAUAAGUACCUCAAGCAGGCAUUGCUUGGCAAGCUUAACCUCCAGAUCACAUAUCAGGCCAUUGACCUUAUUGCCAAGCAGUAUCGCUUUGCCCUCGCCGCCCUGCCUGAUCAGCGCGAGCCCAAACCGCUACGCCCUUGCACGGGCAACUUUGAGCACCAAUACGGCCUGCCAUGCAGCCAUGGCAUUUUUGAUUGCCUUAUGAACGGCACGCCUCUGAGACGGAGCCAGAUUGCUAUGCGUUGGUGGCUCGAGAAGCCGUUGAACGCUGAGGAUAAGCUACUUGAAAUUCGCGACCCGGCUAUUGUUAGAAGCGCACGAGGCAGGCCGCGCCUGAAUGCCGACAACAAGAAGCUCAAGGUUCCGCGAUACCUUAAGAUCGCGGAUUACACCAAGACAGGAAGUGAUGCCAACGAUGCGGACGAUGACGAUGCUGAAGCUGAGCCUGUAAGAUGGAGUCAAGGCAGGCAUUCAGCACGAGGCCGUGGUCUGGGCCGACAGCCUAGUCAGAAUGCGGGCCGAGGAACGCGCCGAUUAAACGCGAGCCUUCGCCGUGACUGCUCUCAGUUCGAACUUGAUGAGCUACAGUCACAUGCGUCUCAAUCGUCGCGAGGAAAUAAGCGUCGACGAGUUCGUGGCGGGGCGGUAGGACGAAGUCGUGUGGAAGCAUCACAGGCCGAGAGGUCGCCAGCAAACCAGGUCCAAGAGUCACGAGAGUCGUCAGCCGAGAGCUGUAUUAUCAUCCCAGGUUUUCGAUCGGCUCGUCGCAUCCGAUGUAUCGGACAUAUCAUCAAUCUCUCCCUCCAGGCUUUCCUGCUGGCAUCCUCGCGGGAAGCCCUUCUGGCUGCGCUGAGAGCCGCGGCGGAGGUCUCCGGAGAGGAGCUAAUAGCACGGUUUUCUGACGUCCUUGACUCCCAGCAACAGAGACGCGGGGCAGAGUAUACGCAAUCGAAUGAGUUCAGAGGAAGCCGGUCAAGCCAAAGGUAUGGUCGUCGCCGAGACAGUCAAGAUUCUGUUCGGGAUGAGUUUUCCAGUAUCCAGGACGUGCCUACUUUGCGCAAGCUCCAUGAAUUAGCCGUCUGGCUUCGCAACUCAUCCUUGCAUGCCGAUAUUUGGGAUGACAAUGUUGGCCUUCGGCUUGGCAUUGACAAUCGAACUCGGUGGUCAUCGUGGUAUAUGGCCAUAGAUAGAGCUAUCAGAAAACAAUCGGAGAUUAAGGCCUUCAUGACGGAUCAUGAAGCAAUUCUCGGUACCAUUCGCCUUACUGCCCAGGAUUGGGAUUUUCUAAGCAAAGCCCAUACAUUCCUUCAGCCAUUUGCUUCCGCAACAUUGUAUGCAGCGGGAGACAAGUCGUCCAUAUCGCAGUCGCUACCUCUGAUGGACGCCCUUCUUGCGCACUAUGAGAGGAACAAGACAUAUUACUCCCAAGAAGACUGCUACGAUUCCCGGAUGAUUCGGGCUAUCGAGAUGGGCUGGUUUGUCCUUGACAAGUACUAUAACCUGACUGAGGAAGCACCUGUCUAUGCUGCUGCCCUUCAUACCUGGGCACAAUAA